AUGUUAAAGUUUAAUCGUUUAUGCGGAAAAUCCGAAUAUUUGCCAUCUAUUAAGAAUUCGGAUUUGACGGUCACAAAAAGAUUGAAACACCAACACAAUAUGAAGGAAUGGUAUCAAAUAUUAGAAGUUUCUGAAAAUUGUGAGGAUGAAACAUUAAGAUUGGCAUUUCUUUAUUUAGCCAAACGGUUUCAUCCAGACAGUGGCACAUCUGAAGCUAGUGCAGUUAAAUUUACCGAGAUUGAGAAUGCUUACAGACAGAUUCGUAAGGCAAGAAUGGAGCAGAAAGAAAAUAGUGAGACAGUAUCUGAAGUUGAAGAAUUCGAUAUUAGACAUACAGCUCCACAACAUCGUCAUUAUUUAACAUAUAAUGUAGGAACUGGAACAUACAGUAAACGACAAAAGUUGUAUACAGCAAACAGGGCUCAGAAAGCAGCUGAUAAUGUAAUAGAACAUAGGCUUAAAAAAUUACAGGCUGAAGAACGUAAUACACUGGUUGGAAAAGACAAAGAGCGUGCAAAAGAUAUUAAAACACGAUUUGGAAUGGAUCGUUUGGUAGAAGAUUUAAUACAAGAAGCAAUGAAGAAAGGUGAAUUUAAUGAUCUACCAGGCACGGGUAAACCUCUAAAAGAAAAUAUAAAUACACGAAAUCCAUACGUUGAUUUUGUAACGUACAAAUUAAACGAGGUAUUAAUCGAAAAUGGAUUUACGCCUGAGUGGAUACAAUUAUCUAAAGAAAUCAGAGAAGAGACGGCGAAUUUACGGAAGCAAUUAAAAGAAGCUCGAAACGAAGUAGGUGUUCUACCAUUGAGUUCUGCAGAUGAAUCAACUUGGAAAAACAUCGUAGAAGAUUUUAGAUCAGUGGUAAAACGUGUAAAUAAUAAAAUCGAUAAAUACAAUUUAUUAGUACCUAUACUUCAGAAACAAAUGCUUCAUAUCAAGUUAGAAGAUCUAGCAAAUGAAGCACUUUCUACACUACCAAAGAAAAAAACGAAAAAAUAUUCGGAUUAUGAAAAUAUGAAUUCUAAUGAUACUAUGAAUCAACAUAAUGAAGGUAUACUUGAUGUUAUAACUUCAUUUUUAAUAAAAACAAAUGGUUAUAUAUGA